AUGACAUUCUGGCUCGACCGUAUUAUCAAUCCGAAUGGUUUGAGCGUCAAUCGUUAUAAGCAUGAAAACGAGACACCACUAUCAGAUGCUGAUGUAGGAAAAAGGUGGUUGAAGAAAUGUGAUGGGGGUGGACGUCUCCAAAAGCAAUCUGCAGAAAAAUCGACUUUGAACCUUCAGUACACAGUCACAAAUGGACCUUACACUAAUGCACCGUCAAAUCCCGUUUUGCAAGCGUUCGUCAACGCUUACAAUAAUCACGAAGAUUUAAUUUUGUGUCCUGAUGACAUUUGGAGUUAUGACAUUAUGUGGUAUUCGAAACGUCAAAUUCAUGGGCACGCUCGACGACUGGAAGAUGCUGAAAAACAAAACAGAACAAAUGAAGGCAUAUUCGGAAGCUCCUCAUCCAGUUUACAGUUGCUGGAUGUAGAAAGCUCGUCGGUAGUGGAUGAAAGUACUGGUACUGAAAAAAUGUGCUCGGUCAUCGGUGGAUUUCAUGGUGUCAACCGCGAAGAUCACGCGUACAAACCCGUGAUGAGUUUGGCCGUUGUUGAAGAUUUAUCAACCGUCAAACCGAUGAAAUCUUAA